UGGUUUAGGGCUAGGCUACUUUGGCAAAGCGGCGCACGCGAACUAACCGGUUGUUCCGUGGCAGUGUUCGUGGCAAAAUUCUGUAACUUUAUUCGGGCCUUAAAACACUGAGGGAGUCGACGGUUUUUUCUUUUUUGUAGGUAUUUGGGGAUUUGUUCGUGUUGGACAUUUUUUUUGGGUACUUGUCUUCCAAAGUAUAAACUUUCACAUCCGUUUUAAACCGACAAAAGAUGGAAGACAGUGAGCAAAUAGUGUCUUCCACAACUCACCCCGAAGACGACAUGAGCAAUUACAGUCAAUAUGGACAUCAUUAUGGCAACAACGAGGCCACUGCUAAAGUUGACGAAGAUGAUAUUGUAGACUUAGUUGGCGGAGCACAUGAUGCCAUUGAGAGGCACAAGGCUUCAUACCCCGAGGAAAUAGCAGAAUUUACGGAUGAGGAAACACAACUAACCACCACGGUGGAUGCCACGGAACAACUGACAAACACGGGUGUGAGUCCAGAUUCAACUCCAUCUGAGGAAGAAGAACAGGAGGUUGCAGACACAAUUGUGGUUGCGAAACCUGAGAUUCGUAAUUCUUUGGAUCCAGACUCUUUGUCAGAACUCGUCAGACCGGAUCAUCCAAAAGCAACUCCACUAGUUGAAGCUGCACCAGUAGAAGCCACACCAUUAGUAGAAACCGCACCACCAGCUCCAGUAUUAGAAGCACCAGUUCCAGUGGAAGUGUUCCCCGAAGCGAUUGCAGCUCCUCUAGCGCCAUCCAGUGUGGUUCAACGCUGGAACAUAGACAAAAGAGAUGAACAUUUUCUUCCUCCUGCUCCUCUUCAACCUCUGAUGCAAUUCCCAAAAGCACUUGGGCAGAAGGGUGAUUCCCCUGCUCCCAUCUCCCCUCUCUCCCCUCUUCACUCUCCUGACUCUCUGGAGGACCUCUCUCUGUCAGAGAGUCCAAAUCCAACAUCCGCUCCAUUGGGCUUCUCUUCUUGGCCUUCUACUGAGCCUUCCCAAAUACUGACCAAGGAUAUGCCUUGGGAUGAAGAGGGUAACACCCAACUAGGCAUUAGUAAUCUGAAUGAUGAGGAUAUUGUAAAAGGGUUAGAAGCUGCUACCUACACUCCAGAUAAACACGACGUAAAAAAGCUCUCUGAGAGCGAUGCAGGGUCUAAGUCUCUGUGUGAAGACAGUGGAGUAGUCUCUCCUGAAGAGCAACUUUGUAGCUCAGUCAGGUCUACUACUCCUUCCCAGUCCCCCAAAAAUCCCCAGAUGACUCCUGAAUCUUACAUUGCACCUGCCCUCUCUAACCCAACAGAGCACUGGGAUUCUCCAUUCCUAGCUUCUCAAGACAACACCAGGGCCUCCAUGGAUACUUUCUCCAAGGACUCAGCCUCCAGAGGCUCUUCUGGUUAUGAGCCCGACAUGUUUGGCCAAUCAGAUGAUGACUUAAUGUUAGAGGUGAAGAGUUCAUUCCAGGGCUUCUCCCCUGUGUCUGAUGCUGGGUUCUCUCAAUUUGCCGACACCACCUCUGACAGCAGGGCUGCCAAAAUGUCUGAGAGUCCCACCCCUGACCUGGUUCAGUAUGGGCAGUCUGGAGAUUCACAAGAUGGCAGCCCACCAUCAUAUUAUGAUGAGACAAAAACAUAUGAGUCUGUUAAAAUGGCAGCGGACUCACUCAUGGAGCCCCUCAAUCAGUUCUCAAUCACCCCAAAAGAGAGCAAAGACUCUGGACUUCCACCAUCUCUUCCAGAUAUCUUAAAGCCCUUCCCUCUGAACCCAGACAAAGUGGAUUCUGGCUCUUCUGAAGGAAGCACUGAGCCGAGCCCUGCUCCUAUCCGGAAGAUUGUUGAGGCACCUCCCACCGCUGUCACUCUGUCAGCCACAAAUCCAUUUGCCUUUGAUUCCAAAGCUUUACUGCUGAAGGAGCUGACUGAAGAGACUGAAGCAAGAUUAGCUGUAAAGGUGAAAACUGAAGAGGAAAGCGAUUUUGGUGUCUUUGACCUCGUAAAGGAGGCAGAGACCACACCCCAGAGUAAGGAAGCCGUCCAGGUGGAACAGAAAGAUUUGCCAAAAACAGUGAAUCAAUUCGAGCCUCUUAAUAUCCAGACUAGAAAGACCCCUGAAUAUUCUGAUUCUGAGAGUCCCUCGGCAGACUCUCUGUCCCCCGUUCUGGAGGCAAUGGCCAAGAAUCCUGCAGGUUUUCAGGUAGAGCCUGAGAAGAAUGAUGCGAAAGUGCAAGAGCCAGAGGCUGCAGAUGAGGUCUCUGAACCGGAAGUCUCCUCUGAGGAGUUUGAGUUCAUUGAGAGGCCACCCAAAGGUGUGAUAGAUGAAUUUCUAGAAGCGUUAGACAGCUCCAAGUUUUCUAAGUCACAAGAGCUUUGUAUGGAUGAUGAUGAUGAUGAUGAUGAUGAUGAUGAUGAUGAUGAUGAUGAUGGCGACGUAAACUUUGGGCAGAAGGAUGAGGCAUCUGCAACAAUAACCUCAGAAGUUCAGGAAGAAUCUCCCAGUCCGAGCUCUUACCUCCUACUCACCCAGAAGGGUAAGGCCGACCUGGAAAAGGAUGAUAAGAAAGGGCCACCCACUCAGGCCCCUCUCAUCCACUCGCCUGUUUGCAAACCGGAGUUUCUUGCUAUGGACCCAGAGGGCCCCAAAUCUGCUCAGAAGUCCAACCUGAGCACAGAAGCAGUGGUAGACCUCCUGUACUGGCGUGAUGUCAAGACCUCGGGCGUGGUGUUUGGCGCUAGCCUCUCGCUGCUGCUCUCCCUGACACUGUGCAGCAUCGUCAGUGUGGCCUCCUACAUCGGCCUGGCUCUCCUCUCCGUAACCAUCUGCUUCAGGAUAUACAAGGGAAUCCUGCAGGCCAUCCAGAAGUCUGAUGAAGGGCACCCAUUCAAGCUGUACCUGGACCAGGAUGUGGGUCUGUCCGAGGAAACUGUCCAUAAGUACAGCGACUGUGCUCUGGCACGGUUCAACACUACCGUUAUUGAGCUGCGUCGCCUCUUCCUGGUUGAAGACCUGGUGGAUUCCCUCAAGUUUGCUGUGCUGAUGUGGAUUCUGACCUAUGUUGGUGCCUUGUUCAAUGGACUCACUCUCCUUAUUCUGGGUCUGGUUGGAAUGUUCAGCUGCCCCAUAGUCUAUGAGAAGUACAAGGUACAGAUAGACCAUUAUGUGGGGAUGGCCAACAAGCAGGUCAAAGACAUCAUUGCAACGGUCCAGGCCAAAGUCCCUGGACUGAAGCGUGUUAAGGCAGAGUGAAGUAUAGAAGUCCUGUGAGGGAACUGGAUGGACAAAUGUGGGCAGGGGAUGGUGUCACAGAAUCUCUUCAAUUUAGAAGUCCUUGUGUUCCCUGAAAAAUACCCUUACACAUUUUCAGCAAAAAAUAAAAUCACCAGCUCAAAGUAUUCCCACCUUUUGAUGAACAAAAUUGUUCAAGUACAUUCUAUUUGGCUCAAAAUGCUACUUUGUGUGAAUAUGUAAAGGAAAAAAACAGCACACAAGUGUUAUUUUAUUCAUGCGCUCAGACCUGACCAGUGAUGCAUUUCAAUCGAAAAUUGUUUUCCAUGGGCUGGUACUUUUGUUCUCUCCUUUGACAGUGUUCACAAAAUAGGAAUUGUGUUUCUUUUUUGUAAAGGGGAGGAAUAAUUAGUAUGUUUGUGGGAACCUGAGUAUCUGUCGUUUUUGGUAUGAUUAAGUUAGUGGUGUUUGAUUUUACUGUUUUAUUGAUCAACUGUGUAGUUUCACAAAGCUUCUAGCUCUCCAGUGGCUCUUGAGUGUGCUUGACACGACAUGUUGGCUUGUGUCAUUGUGCUUGACGAUGGUCUUUAAUGCCAGCAGUGAGCUACUCCAUAGCACUUCAUGCUUCUGAGUAUUUCUAGCUAGAAACAUUUAGAUCUUUACAAGAAAAUAUGAGAACGUUGAAUGAUCCUUUCACCUCAUGCAGCUGCCUAGUUAGACUCAAGAAGAACACGUUUACAACAUCAACUUAAGACAAAAAAAAUGAAAACAUACUGUUUGUGGACCCAAUAUCUAAAGCUGCAAAAUUAUGUAACUUGGAAACUUAAAGCAUUGUUUGUUAUGCAAGUAAUUGUGAAUGAUACUUCAUACAAUUGUAAUGAACUAUUCUGAGAACUGUUUGUGGAAUGCAUUGUGACAUAUAAACAAUUACAAUAAAGCUUCUAGAUGAAU